GAUUCAUUUGUUUCUAAUUUGUGACAAAAUAGAGCUUAUGUAACUCUUAACUCUAAUUUUGAAACAAUUUCAGCUGUAUUUAACCCUGAUUACUAAAAUGUCUGAUAGUGAACCUGAAAGUUUUUCUUGUGAACAUCAAUCGUCAGACGAUUCAUCUUUUGGGUAUGAAGAAGCUGAGUGGCUGGAGUAUGUGAAUGCUGAUGGUUCCUUGCUCUACAUUGAGUCUUACGUGUCAAGUACAGUGAGGGAGAAGCAGGCUCUUGCCAUUAGAACAUCUCGGGAGAAGAAGAACUCGGCUCUAAAAGCCGAACCUAAACCAGAGCUCAACAAGGAAAACCACAAGAAAGAAAACAAGCUUCUUGGUUUGCUGAGACGCCGUCCAAGCAUCCGAGGCAAAUCUGAGAAGUUGUCUUUGUCUGUACCCAAAACUCCUGCAAAGACAGAAGCUAGUAAUGCUGAUGUGGGGGCCAGCAGGAGAGGAGGAGCUGUCUCAAGCAAGGGUGACAAGCAGCGCAGUCAGUGCAGGAAUAGAGAUGCAUCACCUGCACCUAAAGUUACUUUCAGGGACAACAGGAGUGGCGAGAUGAGGACUGUUGCUCUUCAUGUGGUGAGUGUAGGUGAUGGUCGUGGUGGGCUGUGUGAGGCCGUGCUGGGCGUGGUGGCGGGCAGGUUCAGUGAGCCUCCCACAGACCGCAUCAUGGUGGCGGGCAUCCUGCCAGGCUCAGAGGCUCACACCACGCAUGCCAUCAAAAUAGGCGACUGGCUGAAAGCAAUCAACAGACGAGAAGUAACCUGGAAUAACAUUGAUGCCGUGCUGGGCGAGAUACGAGUGCCCUCAGUGGUGACGCUGGGGCUGCAGAAGUGUGCCUCCGAGACUCUCAGUGACCAGGACCACAGCAACAGGAAGCGCAUCACGCAGACUCAGCUCGUGAAGCACAUCACCGGACACAGCAUUGCUGAGCUGAACAGCACGCGGGGCUCUGCCGCUCAGCACGUCAACGGCACAGCUCCUGUUGCGCUGCCGUACGAUCUUGUGAAGGGCGCCCCUCCGCACGUGGCGCUGCUGCUGUCACUCACCGGUGUCACCGACAGCUCUCCCGAGGGCGCUGACAUCAGGUAUCAGUUCCCCCAUGGCAGCAGCCGCCUCCUCAGAGCCCGGGGAGUCUUCCUCACCCUCGCCCACACCCUCCACCACCACCCCACCAGCAGCCGCGUGCAGCUGAGCGACGGUGAGGUCGUACACGUGGCCUACGGGCGGGAGGAGGACCUGGUGUGGAUCAUGGCCAUGCCUCUGGCGUACUGCAGCGAGCACGAGCUGCUCUGCCUCAGCCGGCGGGUCACCGACGACCUCUGCUUUGAGUUCGGGUCGCUGGCCAAGUCGGCGGGCGACGCCUCCCAACACGGCUACGUCGACCACCUCAUGGGGAAGGUCUUCUGCAGUCUCUUGCACGCCCCUGAACACAGGGCUCUUCUCCACCCCGCCUUCCGUUUGCCCUCCACCUCCCUCCCCACCACGCACUACCUUCACCCCCAUAACUACAUCCCCACCUCCACCGCCAGGCUCCCCAAGCUCGACUCCUACUUCAGAAGCAUGGCGGAGGGCAGCGCCCCUGAAGGCACAGUGAGCAGCAGCGGCGCGUGGGCGGUGCUGGGGGCGCCUCCGUGGGUGCUGCUGCAGGACGGCGGGGGCGGCGUCAGGGCGGAGGUCGACAGCUGCCUCAGCGAACUCGAGGCCGGUGACUUCGGGGACUCUGACGCAGAGUGUGAUGAGUGCAGCAGCCUUCUGCACCACAUACAUGGCUGUGCACUGCUGUACAAGGGUCACGUGGUGUGUUCCCACCUACCGCCGCCAUGUCUGGAUGCCGUGUAUGGCUACGCUCGUCUGCACGGCCUCCUGUCGCUGACGGCGGUCGAGGCAGUCAGUCAGCUCAUCGCAUACAGGAGCGUUUGUCUGCCCCUGCAGGAGGGUCCUGACGAUCCUGCGUCGCUGCUGCUCGUUGCCAUGAACCACAUGAUGAUCGCCCUGGUGCUGGACGAUUCUGAGCCUCAGAGGGAAGGGCCAUAUAGAGGAGGCCCGGACCCGCUGCUGGUGGAUCAGGUGGAGGCGACGCUGUUCCACCUGCACAGCCUCCACGUGCCCGCCCUCUGUCAGGAGAGCCUGUCACGCGGCGGCCCUGAGGUGGUGAGCGCAGACGAGCGCUACGCGGCGCUGACGGGCGCCGGGCGCAAGGGCGGCAGCGGCGACGGCGGCCGUCACGCUCAGGGCAACGACGCGCCCACGGCGCUGCCGGCCGCGUCGCUGGUGCCCGACGUGCCGUCCAUCCUGAAGCAGCGGCCGCCUGCUGACGGCGACGCUGAGGGCGACGAUGAGUUCCUGUACCAGCCGCCCCCAGGGCAGCUCGUCGGUGAGGAGGACGAGGACGACGAGACCAGCGUCGAGGACGUGGCCGAAGGAUCUCAGUGGCGCCUCUGGCGGGGCAGCACUCCUCCCCCCAGCCUGCGGGGCUCUGACCCCGACAGCCCCACAACGUUGUGCCAGCUGCCGGUCUCCACCAUCAGUAUCGCCCACUUUGGGAACAUGCUGCACUCCGCCCUCUUCUGCGUGAUGGAAGAAGGCGCCGAAGAAGGAGCAAGGGAACACGGGAUGCUUUUUUCUUGUAGUCCAGGAGACGAUGUCGCUACCUCCUCCCUUGGCGGCAGCAAGAGGCGCACUGCCGCUCCCGUCUUCAACUACUGGGUCGUUGGGCGCGUGCUGGGCGGUGGCCGCGAGGUCUACGUCUGCUACCACGAAGACGUCCCGCAGAACCUGCAUGAGAUGGCCACCAGGCUCAGCCUCGGCGCCGCGACCUAGCUGCAUUAUGGACUUUUCCGCUACUUGUUCUUCAUGAAAUUUGAUAUAUAUUUCUUAUUUGUAAAGAAUAAUUCCAAAGUUAAGAAAUGUAUCUUCUGUGUAUGCGCAACUCGGCCGCUAUUUGCAGCUUUUAGUGAUAGUUUCCAGUGCAUUAUAAAGCUUGAAAUUAAUGUAAUUGAGCAAUUUGACUGGAGUGAUCUUGGACACUCUAAUCUGAUAUUGUUAUAAUAUAACUCCUUUGCUGCUGUUAACGUAUUGUUGUAUUUAUAAUGUUGUUAGUUUAGUACUUUAUUUAUGCCAUAACUGUUAAAUGGACCUGAAUCAUGAUUGCAAUACUCUAUUAUUUACGUAUAAAUAAUUACUAAUUUUAUACUUAUAGCAUUCUACCAAGUUAUGAGGCAAUUUGAUCUUAUGAAAGUUGUGAAGUUGCGACUGUAAGAUGGGGCUUCUAAAUGGGAUUAUAAAUACACUGGUUUGAAAUAAUUUUAUUUUUCACGAACCCUAAUUACAUUUAUAUGUGGGA